UCAUGUGCCCCUCAAAGACUGACCGCAGCCAGCUUUGUCGCCGCUGCAGUAAGCCCGGACACAAGGUCAGCACCUGCACAUCGGAGCCUCAUUGCGCUGCAUGUGCAGAUGCUGGCCGUAAGUCAGACCACGUGAUGGCGGGGAAGGCGUGUAACCCCCCAUCCACUCGUGGUAAAGCUCUCCCCCCAAGACCGUCGGGAAGAGAGCAGGAGGCGCCUGAGGCCGAGAUGUCAGAGUAAUGCCAGGACAUCUCGGUUUCUUACAGGCGAAUGUUAACCACUCCGCUGCGGCUCAGGAUCUCCUCCUGCAGUCGAUGGCGGAGUGGCUUGUUGAUGUAGUGGUGGUAGCGGAGCCGUAUUUUGUGCCUCAUCUGCCACAUUGGGCAGGAGACACGGAUGGCUCCGUUGCCGUUGUAUCCAGGCAAGGUGUCGGCCCCCCUCUCAUACCUAAAAUGAGGGGGCCGGGGUACGUUGCUGUGGUCCGGGGAGAGAUUGCCAUAGUAGGCGUUUAUUUCUCCCCGAAUCAAAAUUUGGCGGCUUUGGAGCGGUUCCUGGAUGUGCUGGUGCCGCUCAUAAGCAGGCUGACUCCUUUCCCGGUAGUCGUGGCGGGGGACUUCAACGCUAAGUCCUCGGCGUGGGGGUCCCCAAUCACGAAUCCGAAAGGGAGGGAGGUUGAGGAAUGGGCGGUGGCUACGGGGCUGUCUCUUAUCAAUCACGGGACGGUCCCGACCUGCGUGCGAUGGAAUGGAGAGUCAGUGGUAGAUCUGACCUUCGCCACGCCAGAUAUCGCACGCAGGAUUGGAGGAUGGAGGGUGAUUACGGAGUUGGAGACACUUUCGGACCACCGUUAUAUUCGGUUCGAGGUGUCUCCGCCCUCCAGGUCAAGUCCGGCGUUGUCCAGGGGUCGUAGCAGGUUCCCACGUUGGGCCUUGUCUAGGCUCGAUCGGGAACUGGCGGAGGAGGCCGCGAUCGUCGGCCGCUGGUGUCUUCCGUCGACGUGGCAAGGUCAAGGGGUUGAUGGAAUGGCUGGCUGUUUCGGAGACGUACUCACAAACGUCUGCCGGGCAGCCAUGCCGAGGUUGAAUGGUCCACCCCCUCCACGUCGAGCGGUUUACUGGUGGUCGAGUGAACUGACAGACCUUCGCGCUGCCUGUAAUGCGGCGCGUCGCGCUUAUGGACGCAGCAGGCGGCGCCGACCCCAGGACAUAGAGCGGGAUGGCCGGCUGCACAGGGUCUACGUGGAAAAAAGAGAGGCCCUGAAGCUGGCCAUGAGCCGAGCUAAGGAGGCAGCAUGGUUGGAGCUGGGCGCGGGAUAA